CUGUCUUAGUCGGUAUAGAACCGUUUUGUGAAGCACUGUUUCGACACAUUUUUCUUGCAUUAUUACGUGUUAGUCCGUAAGUCCGUAAGAUUCCAGAAAGCAAACAACUAUGACUCCUGAGGCGAAUGUUUUUAUCGUUGUAAAUCUUGGAUGUGAAAUGCUUUAUGUCAUUGACCAAAGACUUAAAGCUCAAAAAAUCUCUGCAGAGAAGUCCACAGAAGUGGUGCGUGAUAUAACAAGUGUCUUUUUGGAUCCCAAAUUAAUAGAACGACUUAUCAUUGGAAGUCAACAGCAAAAGAGUUUAAUUACCGCGGAGCAUUGCAAAUUCAUGCUGGCCGACAUUGCAUGUUGUUCCCUGAUGAGACUAGACGAUGCAUCCAUGGGGAAACUUUGGAAUCUGAUGACAAUGAUUUUUAAAUGGCAAAUGUUUGUCACCAAACAUCCACAACACUUAUUGGACAUAACGUUUCGUCAUUUAGAUGGUAUGGGAAAGAUGCAUCCUGAAGUGAAAAAGUCUAUUUUGGUGGAUUAUACAAAGAAUACACUCUUGGACUUUUGGAAUUCGAGUGGUGAAACAAUUCAACUUGGAAUUUAUAAAACCAUCAAAAGUUGGUUAGAGUGUUUCAAUAUUAAGAUUUCACUCUUACUGCGACUAGGAUUUCAAGCAAUGGAUGCGAGCUUCUACAGAGAUCCGAAAGAAAGUUAUUUUGAAGAAUUUACCAAUCAAGCUGGGGACAAUAUUUAUACGAAAAGUAUGGAAAUCGCUGCAGCUAUGAGAGGGAAAACAGAAGAGACUCAAAGAAAUCGCAUAGAAAACCUACAAGUCCAACUGAAUGUUUCGAGUUCUGUCACGGACCAGGCCAAGAAAAACAUAUUCCUCGAUGAUUUUCAGAUAGAAAAAGAAUCACCCUCAUCAAAAGGGACUUCUAGUUCUACACCUGCAGAAUUUGUACAGUUAAAACCACUUUAUAACCCUCUAAAUAGUUCGUGGGAAGAUUUUGUUGGGCGUAGAAGUUCUCAAAGCGUGUCCUCGUCAACAGAUGGUUGUGAAAAGAAUAUUCACACAUUAUUGCCAAAGAGCAAAUAAAUAUUUAAUUUGUAAAAAGACAGCUGCAUCAAGUUUAGAUUUUUCAUGAAUUCAUGAUUCAAUUGUGCGGUGAAUGGAGAAUAAAAGAAAACUAGCUUGUUAAUAGUGUA